AUGAAUUACUGUCACAAAACACAGUCAAGCCAGAGACUGAAGACAACGUCUAGAAAUGGCUCAAGAGGACCAGAGCGAGACGUCACAACAGACGUCGGCCAGCGAUGACGAGAAGGGGCCGGAGAGUCAGGCUUCUCCCUCCGUCAUUGAGAUUAAUGACUCUAUGACUGAGUGUGAGGAUGAAGCAAGGCCCAGUCUAGUGCAGAUGGAGGAGAAGGCGUUCAUAUCAGGCCUGCACUCUUUUAUGAAGGACAGAGCUACACCCAUAGAAAGGAUCCCACAUCUGGGCUUCAAGCAGAUUAAUCUCUGGAGGAUCUACAAAGCUGUGGAGAAACUUGGGGGCUAUGAUUCGGUGACGGCUCGACGUCUUUGGAAGAAAGUGUAUGAUGAGCUGGGAGGAAGUCCAGGUAGCACCAGUGCCGCUACUUGCACCCGCAGGCACUAUGAGAAGCUGGUGCUGCCCUUUGAAAGACACAUAAAAGGAGAGGAGGACAAACCGCUGCCUCCGAGCAAACCAAGGAAGCCUUACAAGAGAAAUCUGGAUGGCAAAGUCCAUAAGGUUGAGAGGAAGAGGAAAAGGACUCAGUCGGACAGAGAGAUGGACUCUGAGAUGCUCACCCAGAGAAGUCCAGAGGCUGCCUGCCAAAGUGAAGCAGUGAUGCAUCCUCACCACGCUCUCUGGGCUGCCAACUCUGACAGAUGCCAUCCGGACUGCUCUCAGCCAACCAGAGCUGCCACCAAUCUUUGCGCUUCGGUCUAUGCCCGCCUUGUCCAGGUCCCCACAUCCAGCCCCUGGACUGCUCAUAUGCCAUCUGCUGCUGGUGAGGUCAUCUCACCUCUGGAGAAGAAAAAGCGAAUGGCUCAGGCUAGCCUUAAACUGCCCCUGAGCCCUCAGAGCGAGGAUAAAGAGAGGCCCUCCGUUAUUCAGUGCUCCCAGUCUCCGGCCCGGGCUUCUUCCAGCCAGAACUGCAACUCGUCUGACGGCUCCCCUGUCCCGCUGUCCUCAUCCUCAUCCCGCAGCCCUUCGCCAUUGUCUGUUUCAUCUGAAGACGAUGCAACAGGGAAUGAAGAUAAACCCACAUCAGGCUCUGAGCUACCCCGCAACUGUUCCAGCUCUGAGAAAAAUACAACCAGCAGUAGUGAGGAAAGCAAGUCAGUGAGCUGUAGUCAGGUAUCCAAAGACCCUGCAGGACGGAAGAAAGACGUUUCUCACAUCAGCUCCCACUCCCACCCUGUAGACCCCAUCAAAGUCCAGAUUAAAGACUCUUCUGGGAAGCCAAUCCACAUAAUGAGUAGCAGAUAUUUCCCCUAUCAAUACUCAUCCUCUUCUAUCAAUGUGAAAUCCAGCUGGGCUCCGACAUCUACAUCUAGUUUCACCAAAGUUAUUCCAAAGUCUGUUCAGCUUCCACGGCCUGCUCCCAUUCGACCUGGUUAUAAAAGCCCCCAGGGCAGGUUCUUGCAGCAGGACGACUCUCUGGCUUGUCCAAAGAAGCCGAACAACGUGGCUCCGUGGCCCUACGCGGCAGAGAAGAGGGAGAAAUCCAGGACAAUACUUCAAAAAGGUACUCCCACUCAGCAGGGCCUCCCCCAUUCCCCCGCCAGCCUGCCGGCGUCGUGCGUCUUGUCAAGUUAUGACAAAUCAGGGAGAGACUCUCGGCAACAACCUCUAUUACACCCUGCGUUUCUUUCUGGCAGAAUGAGACUACCCCAUUCUCAGCUGAUGUACCAUCAUGUCCCAGUGAGCCCGGCUCACUCUGCUCUCAUUGGGUCCGCUGUUUACCCGUAUCCCUACACCUUUCCUCUGUUAAAUCCCCAAACUGGAUACACCCUACCUGCCAUGAGUCCCAUUUAUCCUCACAAGCUGUGAUUCUUUGUUUUUCAACUUAAGACUUAAAUAAUGAUGGAGAAUGAAGGCAGCCAAGGUCCAUUUUUCACAUGGUGGCCAUUUUCUUCUGACAUCAGGCUCAGUUACUCUGGCAAACAGUAAUGUUGGCUAGAAAGUGGUUGAACGCUAACAUUAGCUGUUGCUGUCUAAUGGAAGCUAAUGGGCUAUCAAAUGUUUGUCUUUUGGUUGCUGAUAAAUUGGGAGGCCCUAAAAGAUAACAGUUUAUCAGAUUAUUUUCAUUUAUACGACUUGCAACCCAGAACCAGCAACCAGCAGUGUAACAUUGGCCGUCCUGUCCGAGAUGUCAGAGGAAAAUGGCCGCCGUGCAAAUAUGAUUGGACCAACUUUUCAUUGCUCGGUGUAAUUUUGAUGAAGGCUUACUUGUGUUUGCGUAAACAUUAGCAUUAGUAUGCAACACACACACAGUAUAUGACUUUCUGAGACCAAAACCAAAAUACACUGAAAGGAAAUGAAGUCACAGCAGUGAUGCUGAAGACACUGAUAAGAUCAAAGGGGAACAGCUUGAAUCCAAAUGCAUCAAACAUGUGCAUUAUUAAAGCCAAUGUACUACUCCAGUGCCUGCUAAUCACCUGUAACAUGUCCAUUUUAAAGUUACACGAUGAAAAUGUUGCGUGUUACCCAAGAUAAUAAAGGUUAUUGUAAUUUCACUCGAAUCACUUGUAUAUGCACAGGAAAACAAAACAAAUGUGAAGACAGAUCUUUAUGAUUGUGACAAAAUCACAUAGAUUGAUCAAACAGACGCCGUUAAGUUGAAUUCAAAACUACAGUUCUUGCACAUUUGUGAAUGAGUAUGAGUAUUGCAUGUUCCAUGUAUUAGUGUUAUAAUAUUUUGAUUUCAUAUGCAGGUCUCACUGUCAUGCAAAUGUAUUUAAACAAAAAGUAAGUAAAUGAUCAUAAAUAAACAUAAAACAUAACUAAACCUUUGA